GAUCAGGAUCCUGAGCGCAAUUUUUAGUAUUGAACCCCUCACUUUCUCCUCUAGUUUUAACUGUUGUUAUCAACUCCGAUUGAUUCCUAGUCUUCCGAUCCCCCAGAUAUGUCUACUUCGACUUUUCGCCUGUUCUUUCUUUUCGCCAUCCUCUCCCUGGCAACCAGCGGAUAUCGAGCUUUGGCGAUUGCUAUGCCCAAAGCAAUCCAGCCUUACAGGCGUGACGCUAUGCCCGCGGUUCCCACAUUCACCCGCCUUUACGACGCCAUGAUUUUACUUGUCCCCGAUGCCAAUGGACACAUUACUGAAAGUCCAUUCGGUGAACGGGAGUACAUCGGCUUCCUUGGUGGCAAUUGUACUGACCCGACUACUGGCGAAGUGGUUGCCAAUAUAGUCCCCUAUGUUGGCGGUGAAUUUGGCAUUAUUUCUUCGGAAAACAGCGCACUGUACACCGAGGUUCAUCUUGUCUUGCAAUUUGUGGAUGAUGGCGAUAUUGCGUAUCUUAGCGGGGAAGGCGUAGGAACCUUUGGUUCAACAACAGCGGCGGUGACUUACCUUCGGAUGGAAACCAAUUCUGCAAGUCGCCAGCAACUUGUCACAACCCCCCUACUCCUUAGCAUCGAGUUCCCUUCCGACUUACAAAGAACCGAUGAGACUGUGGCUCUCUUCAGUUUGUUUACCAUGGAUAAUGCGUGAGGGCUCCAUUCCUGUUUUCAUUAGGACAUUUGAGCACAUUUGUUGAUGCAUCAGUGACACUCUCUUACUUUAUUUAUUGAAGCAACCUACUCAUAUUUAUCAGUAUUUUAUAUCAUCCUUCGUGGCAAUCACAUUCUCUUACGUUCCUGACCGAAGCUGAUACAGUACUACAUAGCUAAUAAUUCAUGUCAAGUACAUACUAAUAACUUAUAUAGGAAUAUUUGGAACUCCUCACGUGUAGUAGUCAAAUGCCAAAGCAAGACCUAGCUUGCAAAUGGAGGUAACGAACUCGGGGCGGUCCGAUUAUUCAUCCGACAAUUUCGACGUCCGAAUCAAAUC